CACCAGCACUAUUUAAGCUCUUCGACCUGAGUUAGACUUCGCUGACAAAGAUACACAGGCAUACCCUUCAUCUCCAGCAACAUGAACUCUUUGUUGAAAUUCCCAGUUUUCCUGAUCGCCGUGAUGCUACUUGUCAGCCAGGGUAAAUGCCUUCCAGUCCCUCAGACUGGUGGUCCUCUAGACGGCGUCCUGGGUGAUGAUGGCCUUACAGGAAGCCUCCUUGGUGGUGAUCUUCUAGACGGCGUCCUAGGUGAGGAUGGACUUCUAGGAGGCCUACUUGGUGGUGGUCUUUUAGACGGCGUCCUCGGUGAUGAUGGCCUUCUAGGAGGCCUACUUGGUGGUGGUCUUUUAGACGGCGUCCUCGGUGAUGAUGGCCUUCUAGGGGGCCUCCUUGAUGGUGAUCUUCUAGGCGGCAUCCUCGGUGAUGAUGGCCUUCUAGGAGGCCUCCUUGGUGGUGAUCUUCUAGACGGCCUCCUCGGUAACGAUGGCCUUAUAGGAGGCCUCCUUGGUGGUGAUCUUCUAGACGGCGUCCUCGGUGAUGAUGGCCUUGUAGGAGGCCUGCUAGAUGGUGGUCUUCUAGACGGCGUCGUUGGUGAUAAUGGCCUUGAAGGAUCCCUCACUGGUUAAGAUACAUUCAAGACAUAAUAUGUACAAGGAGUGUUCAACACUGUAUCAAAAUUUAUUUAAUAAAAAAAUGACUUAAAAGUUAAGCUUAGUAAACACUAGUGAAACACUGAAUUUGGCAUUGUAACGUAAGUAUUUUAUGUAUUACCUUUUAUUGUAAGGAAUAAACAUUUAUAUUAUGCAAGUA